AUUGUUAAGGUUGGUGUUGAUUAUCUAAUAUGAAUUUUAAAAAUAUAAAGGCAAUUAUUCUGUAACAUUAAUAGUAAUUUAUUUCAUUAGAAAAUGAUAAAGAAUUAUAAUUUACAUGUCAUUUAUAUUUAAUUCAUUUUGUUUGCUAGUAAGCAGAUCAAAAUUUUCAUUCCAUAGGGUAUAUUUAAUCAGCAAACAUGAUCAAAGACUUCGGAAAAUCAAUAAAAUGGGUUUUUAUCGGACUUUAUCUACCCACAGUAUGACUUCUUCAAAUUUAACCAAACUUUUUGAUGGCAAAGUAGAUAGAUUCAAAGGUAUUACUGUAGAUUCAAAAACUGAACAAUGUGAAGAUCAGGAAUUUUCACAAAAACUUAAAGAUUCACUAAAAGCUUGGACUGAAAAUGGAAACAGAGGAAUUUGGUUCAAAGUCCACCUUAGUCAGUCUGAUUGGGUACCAAUUUUGGCCAAGAAUGGCUUUAAGUUUCAUCAUGCUCAUGAAGAGUAUGUUAUGAUGGUAUGUUGGUUGCCUAAAUCAGAAAGUAAUAACAUUCCACAUUAUGCUCAUACUAUGAUAGGUGUUGGAGCUGUGGUUAUCAAUGAUGAAAACCAAGUGUUGGUAGUUAAGGAAAGAUACUAUCCUCAUAGUUUACCUCAUUACAAACUGCCAGGAGGUUACGUGGAACCAGGUGAAAAUAUUGUUGAUGCCGCCAUACGUGAAGUUUAUGAAGAAACCAACAUAAAAACUAAGUUUGAGUCAGUGUUAACUCUGAGGCACGGUCAUGGGGGUAUGUUUGCAUGUUCAGACAUCUACAUAACCGUUCACCUAAAGGCAGUUACAGUAGAUAUAGAAAAAUGUGAUAGAGAAAUCCUGGAAUCCAAAUGGAUGGAUGUGACGGAGUAUUUAGAACAUCCCCACAUACAUGAACUGAACAAGUUCUUCGUUAAGAAGUAUUUGGAAUAUGAAAAAAGGGGUAUCAAGGUCAACUGUUUCCAUGGGAUUCACCAGAUUCUUAAAAAACCAUAUACUGUGUAUUCGAUUACAAAUAGAGAAUUGGAAUUUACUGACAACGAUGUAGAUAUUUCAAAACUUUAAAAGAAAUGUUAGAUUUUAUUGGUAUUUACAAUUUUAUACCAAAAUUUAAUACAAAUUAUUUUAAUUAACCCAUACACAUAAAAGCAAACAAUAAUUUUAUGUUCUCUUGCAGCAUCUGCACUUUAUAUCAUAAAAGUUGAAGUGCUAAAUUGGUUCAUUAGUAGGAUUGUGGAAGUCAUUUUUUAUACCCCAUUUGCAAACAUAAUUCCACAUUUGCAGUUUUGGAUGCCAAUAAAAAGUUUCAGAUUGACUAGUUGAUGCUGUAACUUUUGACAUAAUCGCAAAUGUUCAGUUCUUAUAUAAUAAAAAUUAUGACGUUUGGUUUUUUGAACCAACUUUAUUAGAGUCAGAUAUUGUUUCGUGUAGUGUGGUAGUCUAUGAUUUACCUCCAAAAUUCUGGGGUCAUAACUGGACUUCUCUCUUUGCUUAUGUCUUUGAUCGUACUUAGAAAAAUGACUUGAAAUGAAAUGAAAUUUGUCUUCGCCUAUCGUUCGACUCCCGUUCGGUAUCUUCUUCAGUACCUACUAUGAGGUCUCAGUCUCAUAGAUCACUUCAUUGCUACACGUCAUUUCACUACCGAUAUGGUACUUCUGUAUCGUGAAUGGUUGCGUGACUCUCCAACGUACGAUGAAAGAAAAUUACACUGCUUUAUGGUAAUUGAAGAGAGGUUUUAAUGUUGAAGGUUACCACGUGCGAUUGAGGCAAUCUGGGCGCUUUUUAAUCUCAUUCGCUUCCCGUACAGUCUAAUCUUUCGUUUCUAAAAACGAAUGGGGGAUUUUAUGACCUACCUUGAAGAUGUUGAUGGGCUAAGACAGUAAUCAUUUAAAUUUGGAAACAUUUGUGCCUUUAUAAUCUUUAAUAAUUUGUUGGACAUUUUAUAUUUAUAUGGAUUAACUACUUAUGUAUUUAAUAACGUUUUAUUUCUUGAUAUGUUGUUUUACAAAAAAGUUUUGAUCGUGUUUAUUGUUGUCUAUCACUGUGAUUUGUAUAAUAAAAAAAUUGUUUUU